UGAAAAUGUUUGCAUCAGUAGGAGCCUUCGUUUUACUCUGCAUCUCGUUGGUCCUGCUGAGCACCCCAACCAUCGAUUACUGCCGAAAAGACCUUUGCUCGCGUGGAACAACUCACAUCGCAUGCAAUGCCCCUCUCAAAUUUGGUCCAUCCUGUUCCGGCAAGAAACCAAAAGUGAUUCCCAUGCGAAACUCCAUGAAACGGGUUCUCCUGCACGAACACAACCGACUCCGUGCUCAGGUGGCCAGCGGAGACCUCCGGGGUAUUCUUCGGCAAGUCGCAUGCCCACCCUAACCUGGGACGGCCAGUUGCAGUUUGUGGCCGGCUGUAAUGCCCGGUUGUGCCGGUUCGAGCAUGACAAGUGUCGCAGUACGGCCCAGUUUCGGUGGGCCGGCCAGAAUUUGGCCAUGAAGUCGCUGUUUGGCCGUUGGCGCUCGGUUCGAGUUAAUCAGAUGCUGCAGGAAUUCGUGCGGGGCUGGUUCGCCGAGCACAAAGACGCAAAUCAGGCGAUUAUUGACCGUUUUCCGGCGAAAUACAAAGGCCCGGACAUUGGCCACUUUACGCAGCUCGUUAGCGACAGGACGUGGAAGGUGGGUUGUGCCAUGGUUCGUUUCUCCGACCGGGCCAUCCAUUACUACCUGGUGUGCAAUUAUUCCUUCAUCAACAUCGUGGACCAGCCGAUUUACGUAAAAGGUAAGCCGUGUUCCCGUUGCCAACUCAAGUGCAACAGAAAGUAUCCGGCCCUCUGCAAGGUGGGCGAGAAGAUUGCAUCGAAGCCGUGAAGAAU